CCAUCAUGUUCGAGGCCUGAAGUCCUCCCUUGACGUAGCUAGCUCAGAGUCUGACUCACUGCAAGAGAAAUUCUGUACUGCCUUCUUAAAAGAUUCCGCACUGUUUAAUUCGCGCAAACACACAUUCCUCUGACGUUUAGCCCAGCGUACACACCGCUGGCGUGACCAGAAAACGCAGCUCGGUUACAUUGAGACAGGGUACCAAGCAAGAGAUCCGAGGGGAAAGAUACAGCGUAUACAUUUGCACUACAGUGAGGAGAGGACGCUCCUGCCAACAUGCCACUCUUUGGUAAGUCCCACAAGAGUCCCACGGACAUCGUGAAGACUCUGAAGGACAACCUGGCCAUCCUGGUGAAGCAGGACAAGAAGACAGACAAGGCAUCAGAGGAGGUGUCUAAAUGCCUUGUCCUGAUGAAGGAGAUCCUGUACGGCACCAAUGACAAGGAGCCGCACACGGAGACCGUGGCCCAGCUGGCCCAGGAGCUCUACAACAGCGGCCUGCUCAUCUCGCUCGUUGAGAACCUGCAGGUCAUCGACUUUGAGGGCAAGAAGGACGUGUGCCAGAUCUUCAACAACAUCCUGAGGAGGCAGAUUGGGACGCGCAGCCCCACGGUGGAAUACUUCUGCUCCCACCAGGAGGUGCUCUUCAUCCUGCUCAAAGGGUAUGAGACGCCCCAGGUGGCCCUGAACUGCGGCAUCAUGCUGCGGGAGUGCAUACGUCACGAGCCCCUGGCCAAGGUGGUGCUGCACUCCGAUCACUUCCGCGACUUCUUCAACUACGUGGAGAUGUCCACCUUCGACAUCGCCUCCGACGCCUUCGCUACCUUCAAGGACCUGCUGACGAGGCACAAGGUGUUGGUGGCAGAGUAUUUAGAACAAAACUAUGAGACAGUGUUUGGAGACUAUGAGAAACUGCUACACUCUGAGAAUUAUGUGACAAAGAGGCAGUCUCUAAAGCUUUUGGGAGAGCUGCUUCUGGACCGACACAACUUCACGGUGAUGACCCGCUACAUCAGCAAACCAGAGAACCUGAAACUGAUGAUGAACCUGCUCAGAGACAAGAGCCCCAACAUCCAGUUUGAGGCCUUCCACGUCUUCAAGGUGUUUGUUGCCAACCCCAACAAGACGCAGCCCAUCAUAGACAUCCUCUUAAAGAACCAGACGAAGCUCAUUGACUUCCUGAGCAACUUCCAGAAGGACCGUACGGACGACGAGCAGUUCAACGACGAAAAGACCUACCUUAUCAAACAGAUACGAGACCUGAAGAAGCCUGCCUCCUAAAGCUUAGCCCCUUAGCAAAAUCAUGCCAACCUCCACUUUUUACUGAGCAAAACAACACAAAAAUAUAUUAACAAUAAUAAUAAUAAUAUUAAUAACUCUAUUUAAAAAUCUUGAAAAGAAAAAAACAUUUGUCUUUUUUUUUUCUUUCUCUUAGUUUACUUAUCAAGCUUGCAAAAAGUCUAGUCCUCAAUCACAGAUGUUCUCUUUUUUUCUUCAAAGUACAUCCUUAUUUUCCUUUUUUUAGGUUUGUGCCACAAUAGGAUGUUUUGGAAAUACUGUAGCGGGAGUGGGUGACUUGGUAAGGUUCUCUCCAGUAAAGGGGAACCAAAGUGGGUUACCGUAUCGUGUCUCCAGGGGGAAGAGCCAAAAGGACGGACAGGAAGUAGGAAGUUCAUGUCCUUUUGUUUACGACAUCUUUGCGUUUAUCACCAUCUGCUCUGCUUUCGAUUCUUACAAACAUUUGCUCCAAUGCUGGCAAACCCAAACCCGUAGCACUCCUGAAGUCUGAGCUUAUGGCAUGUCGUCAGUAGUCAGUGUCACAUUGUCACCCGGUGUCACACGCUCGGCUGCAGUGGCCUGGAGAUGUCUGUCUCUCUAUUGUACAGUACUUUCAUGAGUAGAGGACCCAGAUGUUUUUAGUUUAGUGUGUGUGGGGAAGGGAGGGUUGCCUUCUACACUUUAUUUAUACUUUUACGGCUUUGCUCUCGCUCUCCCUCUCUCUCGCUCUCUGUCUCUGUCUCUCACUCUUUCUCUCUCUCUCUUUCACUCUCUUUCUCUCCCUCUCUAUCUCUGUCUCUCUCUCUCUUUCUGCCCCUCUCCCUGUCUCUCAGUCUCUCCUUCUGUCCCUUUUGUCUCUGGUCUCAUCUCACUUGUUGAGGUUUUUUGAGAGCUCAGUUGUCAUCCUUUUGCAUUCCUUCUCAUGAUCGUCUUUGUAUUUUUUUUUUUUUCGUUUUCACGUGUCACAGUAUUUGGAGAAAAAGCUGCAGGCCUUUUGAUAAAAGCUUGGGGUUUGAUCAAACACCAAAGGAUCAUGGGCUGUACCCAAGAGUCUCUGCAAGAGGUCUCCACAGGCGUCUUUUGCAAGUCCAAAAAUAUUAAAUAGUAAAUUCAAAAAGCAAAAUGACAGGAAUAAGAAAAUGUGAAAUCUGUCAUAAUAUUUUAACCAAGGUUUGUUUGGAAUAAUUAUUAAUCAAUAGGUUUGGCAGAGGACUAGUGUUGUUGGGGUUUCAUUUUUUUUUCCUUUUAAUUUCUGUGAUCAUUAGUUCUUGAAUAUGAAAAGCGGGCUAUAUUGCCAAUAUCUUGGGUGUUUGUAGAAUUCAGUGCUACAAUUAUCGCUGUACAUUUUAAAAAAUACUUUAUGUUGACGUUCACUUUUUUGUUUAAAAAACAGGGCUGUAUCACGUUUAUGUUUUGUAAUUUUUUUUUUAUUGCCAUGGCUACCUGUCGGGUGUCCAUCAGCUGUGUAUUUUGUUGCCAUGGUGACUUGUCAGGGGUCCAUCUACUAAGCUUGUUGUUUGCUCGAGGGUGGGUUCCGUGACGGUGGCACUAGAAAAGAUAUACGAAGCACUUCCGAAUGAAAAGGUCUCUUCUACUGUGGCAGUGAGCUUGAGAGCAAGAGAGUGAUGCUUUUCAUUGCAGACCUUUCUCAUCUCUCCUCGUAGCCAUUCACAAGCUUUGUUUUUUUUUCCCUUCUCUCUCUUUGAUCUCAUCCUGAUGUACUUAACUGAAAGAUUAAGGCAUAAAAAAAUUCUCAGAGGGUUGCUGAAAAAAAAAAAACACACUUCAAAAGUUGAGGACACGGACAUUAAAAACAGGUGCCUUUUGUUUUUGUGUGCUUCUUUGUCCAGCUCAUUAUUUUGUAUUUAAAAACAGAAAAAAAUCAAGGGGGAGCUUAAUUCUCAUUAUUGUAUUAUUUUUUAAAAAUAUGGUCUGCUAGAACAUAUUUGUCUUAAUUAAGCAAUGAACCUCUUUAACUCACUAUAUUUGAGUUCUACUGUUGAUGAAGUACUUUUAUUUUCUCUUCUGUAAUUGCUGCAGUUUUUUUUGUUUUGUUUUGUUUUUCUCCUGAUUGAGCUCAACGGGAUAGAACUGUUUUUGAUUGAUCCAGUAGGAUAGGAGUCGGGGAGCUAUCCAACUUCUCGCCAGGAUGAAAAAAAAAAUUGACUUGCCAACGUUUAGGGAGGGACCGAGGUGGGGUGGGAGGUGAAGGGGAGGUUUUAUAUUACAGUGAACUAACAUGACCCAAUACAAAAAUUUGGAUUCAAAGAAUAACACAAGUUGAUAUUCUUCAUUCUCGAUCUCUCUCUCUCUCUCUUGAUGAAGGAGUGGCAUCUGGUAGAUCUGUGACGGUGAUGUGGAAGAUUUUUUUUUCCCGUGGUAUUGCCGAAAACCAACUUAUCUAAACCUGCAGCCACUGUUUUGAUUGCCAAAUAUUUACUUUGAUAAUAUUGACAACUUGUUUGGUUAGGUUGGCAAAUCCUACCAUUGUAUUUUACCUGAUUCUGUCUUUGCAUAAGUUAUUGGCAUUCCACAUUGAGAAUGGUUUUGGUUCUUCUUAUGGUAUUGCUUGAUUAAAAGAAAGUAAAAACUAAUCAAGAGGCUCUAUGUACCUCAGAUUGAGCCAGGGGCAAGUGAAGAUUAUUUCUGUCUUAUUUUCUGGACACAAAACCAUGAACAACAAAAAAAUACCAAAAGCAAUCGGUCCAGAAUCUCCCAUAUCAACAGCAAAAGUUCCAUUUCCAGAUCACACACAGUUGCAUUUUUCCACUUUGAAAGAAAUUGUACCACAUCACCAAUAAAGGAAAACCAAUGCAUCAAA